UAGCUGAUCUCCUGGAUUCACCUGGUCAGUCUAUGUCAUGGAAAAAGCAGGUGUUCCUAAUGUUUUGUCCACUCAGUGUAUAAGCUUAAUAUUAUUAUUAUCAGUUAACCUUUGUCCACAGAAUAAUGUGUAUGAUAGAUAUGUUAGAUUUAUAUUACUCCUCAAUCAUCCCCUGUAUUCCGUGUAGACAGGAUUUUGACCCGAGACGUUUGUUAUUGCACUCUGGACUGGUGAGUUUGUUACCAAAUAAAAACAGGACAGACCGUUCUCCGCCACAUGUGUUGGGGGGGGGGGGGGGCAAAUUCGCUGUCAAGCCACAGAUGUUUAUUUACUCCUCAGCAGUAUUACAAUCAUCACAACCACAGGUGUUCUGGAACUUCAGAGCCGUGAGGGGAAAUGAGUUGGACCACUCUGUUGCACAACCAAGGAUGUUCCCUCCAUCUCUUUCUUUUCCUUCCUUCCUUCCUGGCAGAGAAGAGGAGAAACAUUUCCUGGUCCUGUGGACAACAACACUGAGAGAAGCCUCCUUUACAUUUGAAGAGUUUAUUUUAGAUAAAUUCAAAAAUAGUUUAUUUCAGAUGUAUAUAACAAUUGGUUUUGUUGCAAAACACUAUAUAUACAGUGUUUAGCUGGAAUGUUCCUAUCCUGUAUAUUUAACAUAUAAAUUCCAAAAGAGUUUAUUUACAAAACGCUAUAUCCACCAAUUUCUCACCUGUUUUUUCAUCAGAAAUAAAUGCUUAUGGGUACCUUUGUGUAAAGUAUCUCUGUCCUCAUAGAUUUUCAAUGUGUAUAACAAUUGGUUGAGUUGCAAAGCGCUGUGUAUCCAUUGUUUAGCUGGAAUGUCCUUAUCCUGUAUAUUUAACAUGUAAAUUCAACACAUGAAUCUAGCCUCAUUCUAUAGUGUUUGGUUAGAGUUAGUCCUCAUCCCAAAUGACACUCUGUUCCCUAUAUAGUGUACAAAUUGUGACCAGAAUCUCAUAUUACUGUAUUAAAUCCUGUUUAACUACAGUGUAUAUAUAUAUACAUUAAUAUUUUUUUUAUGUUGGAUGUAUCAUUUGUCCAGCUCUUUAUUUAAAAAAAAAAAAGUAAUUAUUUGUCACAUUUGACUGUGUAAAACCUUGCAGUGCUACUUUUCUUCUCUGAGAGUGAGGCGGAUAUAUCUCGUUAUGCAGCCAAAAUGUGAUGGUUUGUCUCUCUGAAACCAUCUAGUCAUAGUUUUUUUUUUAUAUACAGACAGAUAAACCUGAAGGAAACAUACAAAAAUGGAUCUAAUUCCAAAAGAUGUAGGGCUUUGAAGCUUGAAGCGUUACAGAUUCCUAGAUGUCAAGGUCAUUUCCGAUUGAGCCGACAUAUACAUCGUUUACUGUGAAUGCAUUCUCCUGCCUUUACAUUUCAAUUACGCUAAAGCUGAACUUCCGCAGUGCAGAUUGAAUAGAGCCCUAAAGGCUAACAUUUCUAGAUGGCAUGGCAUCCUGUAUCAAUUAGGCCGCUGGUUGAAUAGUCAGUCUGUCAGACAGACCUCAGACAGAGCUGUGGACAGUGUGGGGGGGUUUUUGACUGGGAAAAUCAAAGGUUGUCAGCAUCUGGAGAGAAUGAACACACACACGCGUACACACUGAGGCAGGUUUUCCUCUAACUUCUGACCUGGGCUUUUCUCCUUUCAGAUUUCUUUAGACACUGAAUGGCUUUCUAAGAGGUGUUGAGUGUUCCAGAAUGUUUCAGUCUUGACUUAAAAUCUGUUUGAAAAUCAAAGAUAUGGUUUGAAUAUUUAUGUCCAUCAAUGACUCCCCAACCAAUUUACUGAGCUUGAGGAAUUUUGCCCCCCCCCCAAAAAAACUGUCCAGAUGAAUCCUGGUGAAAUCUUUGAUCCCCUUAUUGAUGUCACUUGUUAAAUUCACUUCAGUCAGUGUCAAUUAAGGGGAAGAGACAAGUUAAAUAAGGAUUUUUAAGCCUUGAGACAAUUGAAGGGGUGGGGUGCAACUCAAUAUUAGGAAUGUGUUCUUAAUGUUUUGUACACUCAGUGUAUUUUGCCCAAAGAGUUGUGAAAAGUUGGUAGAAUCUUAUUCACAAUGAUUCGCAGCUGUAAUGGCUGCCAAAGGUGCUUCCACCAGGUAUUAACUCGGGUGUGAAGACGUGCAAUUAAGAAAUCUUUGUUUUUGUAUUUUUUUAAAUUCAUUUAGAAAAUGGUCUAUAAUUUGAUAAGCCCUGGUAAUCAGCACAGAUCUCAUAAUUCAACAGUAGUGUUACCGACUGGAUAUCACACCCUAGUGCAAACGACUGAACAUUGAAAAAAAAACGCAUUUACGUCUUGUGCUCACUGAAUGGACACGGUUCCACUGUGUAACUUGUUGUUUAUCGUAUAGUUAUCACCAUCUAGUGUUGGUUUUUGUACACUACACAAGUAACUUGUAGACCUGUAAUUUGUUUUUCAUUACGUAGUACUGUCAUCAUUUAAGCAAGGUUGCAGUUUAUUUAUAAUAUUUAUGUGUACGUUAUCUUUAUUUAUGAGUCAAAGGAGUAUAUUAAAAAGCAGUACGGAACCUUUUUCAGUGAGACACCCUUCCAGUAGCUACUAGUAUGUUGCUUCUCUACACAUCACGAAAGGGAAUGGUUUGGUGAUUCAUUAGCAUAGAAUGUAGUAUCAUAAUUUCAUGUCAUAACGCCUUUCUUUAUGGAGGUAAGACUGCUAUGUUUAUAAGGAACGAUUCAUUUCAGAAUUUGGACACUACCUUUCUCUUCAUGAGAUAGGUCCACACAUUGUUGAACUAACUAAAUAAUUGCAAGUAUGACUAUAAUUUAAAAGCCACCCAUUCACAUACAAACAAUUGAUUAGCUAAGUAAAUAAACUCGAUAAUAUAUUCCUGAAUGAACAUCCCGCAAACUGACACUGUUCCAUGUCAUGAUGACGAACCAUUUACACAAUUUAUAUAUAUUUUUAAUCACACGAUUGUAGUGAUUGCUUUUCUUUAUUUUUUUUUAAUCUAUAAAUAUCUUGCUGAUAAAAAAAAAAGGUAUAAAUACAAAGUUAGAACUAUAAUAAGGAGAUAGAAUGGAGCGGAAUAAAACGUUGAUGACGUCAUCAAAAGUCGACAUCUGUCUGUGACGUUUCCAGCGUGUUACCGUGAGUGAAGUUUGCCAAAUAAACAUGUGAAACUUUCGCUUAUAUUAAUAGAUCGUUUUUUUCCCUUCAUACCACCCUAUUCGUCAAAUUCACAACAAUACGCUUGAGCUACAGUUUUCUUCUGCAACAAAAAGGUAAAGAAACCAUGGCCUCCCCUGCUGCGCUGGUGGACGCCAAGGCAGAGCUGACCUCUCUGCUGGACCAAUGGGAGACGGAGCAGCAAGGAACCACUGACGACCUGGUCUCCAUCCUCACCAAGAUCUCUGAGCUGGUAGAGCGCGAGACAGAGGAGUAUCACAAAGCUGAUCCUGACCCGUUUGAUGACCGACAUCCAGGACGAGCAGAUCCAGAAUGCAUGUUGGGACAUUUACUGAAAAUCCUCUUCAAGAAUGACGACUUCACAAAUGCGUUGCUGAAUAGCUAUGUGAUGACCAGUAGAGAGCUGUCCAUGAACACGGCAGCGUGUCGUCUGCUACAGAACAUAAUGCCGGGUCUGGAGACAGCUGUGGUGUUCCAGGAGAAGGAGGGUCUGGUUGAGAAGCUGUUUAAAUGGGCCCAGGAGGCAGAGCAGCCUCUGUGUAUCUAUGCUACAGGGCUACUGGCUAGAGCGAUGGAGAACCAGGAGAUAGCUACCAACUACAGGGAUGACAACUCUAAACUGGUGCCACUAAUGCUGAUGCGGCUACGUGAGCUGCAGGAUAAAGAAUCAAAGAGUCGUCAGGAUUUAAAACACCCCGGUCCUAAGAAGACUUCUCAGUCCCUCCAGUCUGUAGCAGAGGAACCUACAGACAGAGACGCCAAUGAGGAAGAGGGCAGCACAUCUCAGAAUACAGCAACAGAUAACAUGGAGGAAGAGGAGGAGGAGGAGGAAGAGGAGAAGAAGAAGAAAAAGGAGAGAGGAAGAGAGACAACAUGUAGUAGUAGUUGUAGCAGGCCUGCGUGGUCCAGGCCCAAGCCGUCGUUCCACUUGGGUAAGGCCCAGAAGACCAGCAGCUGUGUAUCGGUGAAGCCCAUUCCAGACCCCCUGUACCAGGCAGGUCCCUGCCCAGCACCAGGCCCCGAGACCAGCCUGGGAGAGCCUGAAACCAGAGGGCAGGAGUCUGGAGGAGGCCUGGGGAGGAAGAGAACAGCCACAGCCAGGGAGAAUGGAAGGAAAGUCAAACAGAAAGUCCACUUCACCACCUCUUCCAUGGAUCCAGAGAGAGGCUUGUCCUGCACUACCGGUAGUGACCAGUCUAACAGUAGCUGGUCAGAGAUGAGCUCCUGGGUGAUUGGGGGUAACUACCGGCUGUACCCCCUAACCCCUGCUAUAGAGCAACGUCUCAUCCUCCAGUACCUCACACCCCUAGGAGAUUACCAGGAGCUGCUAGCUGUGUUCAUGCAGAUGGACACCAGAGAACUUCUUAUGCACUACAUUGACCUGAAACACACCCACGAUGUCCAGCUCACCUUCGACUCACUCCUGUACCUUGCCUCCCUGCUCCUGCACAAGAAGUUUGCUGCUGACUUCAUAGCUCAUGGAGGAGUGCAGAAGCUGCUGGAUAUCCCCAGACCCUCCAUGGCUGCUACUGGGGUGUCACUGUGUCUCUACUACCUAGCUUACAACCAGGACGCCAUGGAGAGGGUGUGUAUGCUGCCAGACAGUGUGCUGUCAGACAUGGUGGACUAUGCCCUGUGGCUCCUGGAGUGUUCCCACGCGUCGGGCUGUUGCCACACCACCAUAUUCUUCUCCAUCUCCUUCUCAUUCAGAGCCAUACUGCAGCUGUUUGACCACCAGGACGGCCUCAGGAGACUAGUUAACCUGAUCAGUACAUUAGAGAUCCUGAACACAGAGGACCAGGGCGCCAUGUUGAGUGACGACCAGGUGUUCUCCAGCCGUCAGACAGCCAAACACACCUGUAUGUGCCUGAGAAGGUACUUCGAGGCCCACCUGGCUGUCAAGGUGGAGCAAGUCAAACAGUCCCUCCAGAGAACUGAAGGGGGCGCUCAAGUUCACUCUCAACCUUACUACAAGUCGUGUUCAUACAGUCAUGAGCAGGUGGUGGACAUGAUGGACUUCCUGAUAGAGUGUGGACACACUCAGCUAUACUGGGAACCUGUCGAGGUGUUUUACAAGCUCUCCUGUAUUCCCCUCGUAUUACAACUCAUCUCUAUAGCCUGUGACUGGAGGAGUUACUACGGCAGGUCUGAUACGGUGCGUUUUGCCCUGGACAUCUUGGCCAUGCUGACUGUAGUACCAAAGGUUCAGCUGCUGCUAGCUGAGACUGUAGACGUGCUGGAUGAAGGAGGAUCCACCGUCUGCACUGUCGGAAUGAGUAUUAUCCUGGGGGUGGCAGAGGGAGAGGUGUUUGUCAACGAUGCAGAGAUCCAGAAGUCAGCGCUCCAGGUGGUCACCAACUGUGUGUGUGCCCCCGACCAGACCCUCACUUCCAUGGGCAGCUUUCUGCAUCACCCCCCACAGGAGAGUGUGCUCACCAAGAUGUGGAACGUUGUCCAGGCCAACAACGGCAUCAAGGUCCUCCUUGGUUUACUGACGGUCAAGAUGCCCAUCACGGACGCAGACCAGAUUCGAGCGCUGGCUUGUAAGGCUCUGGUUGGUCUGUCUCGCUCCAGGGCUGUUAGACAGAUCAUCUCCAAGCUGCCUCUGUUCUCCUCCUCACACAUCCAACAGCUGAUGAAGGAACCCGUGCUGCAGGACAAACGCUCCCAACAUGUCCGCUUCUGCCGUUACUCUGCCGAGCUCAUAGAGAGGGUGUCGGGUAAACCCUUGUUGAUCGGGACAGAUGUGUCUUUGGCCCGGCUCCAGAGGGCAAACGUUGUGGCCCAGUCCCGUAUCUCCUUUCCUGAGAAGGAGUUGUUGCUACUCAUCAGGAACCACCUGGUGGCUAAAGGACUCCAGGAUACUGCCUCAGCCCUCACCAAGGAGGCUAAUCUCCCCUGCGGCCCGCUCUCCCUCUCCAUCCCCCUCUCCUCCUCCCCCUCGCUCUACCCGGCAGUCUCUGUAGCUCCUUCCCCGGUCUCUUCGUCCGCUGUAUUACCCAGAACCCCAAGGGGCAUGGUCAACGGAGGAGUGGUAUUGGCUGCUCGCCUCACUGCGAUGACCCAAUCAUCUUCGUCUUCCUUGGUCCAGACGCCACGCCCCUCCCUGCCUCCUUGCACCCCUAACGGCCCACCUCCCCAUGGAUUGCCCCAAAUCGGGCGUAUCCUGUUCACGCGGGAGCGCUCCUCUGUCCUCUGUAGCCCUGGGACUGGUGGCAGCAGUGGGAAACGGCCCUCCAGUGUGCUGAGACAGAAGUCGGACCACGGAGCGUUCAGCCAGAGUCCUGCCAUGAAGAAACAGCUGGAUCGACACCUGCCUUCUCCGCCUGCCCUGGACAGCAUCAUCACAGAGUACCUCAGGGAGCAGCAUGCCAGGUGUAGGAACCCGGUGACUACCUGCCCCCCCUUCUCCCUGUUCACACCCCACCAGUGCCCAGAACCCAAGCAGAGGUGCCAGGCCCCCACUAACUUCACCUCCAGACUGACCAGCAGGGUGCUGUAUCCUAAACACGGAGGGGUGGACGGGGGCUGCCUGGACAGACACCUCAUCUUCAGCAGGUUCCGGCCCAUCUCAGUGUUCAGGGAGGCUGAGGAGGAUGACAGUGGUUUCACCUGCUGUGCCUUCUCAGCUCGCGAGCGUUUCCUGAUGCUGGGGACGUGUACAGGACACCUGAAGCUCUAUAACGUGUUCAGCGGUCAGGAGGAGGCUAGCUACAGCUGUCAUACUUCAGCCAUCACUCACCUGGAGCCCUCACGGGAUGGUUCUCUGCUGUUGACGUCUGCCUCGUGGAGUGUCCCUCUGUCAGCUCUCUGGAGUAUGCAGUCUGUCUUCGAGAUGAAGCAUUCAUUUUUGGACGACCAUUACGUAGAGUUCAGUAAACUGUCACAAGACCGAGUGAUUGGCACCAAGGACCAAGUAGCUCAUAUCUAUGACAUCCAGUCAGGCCAGAAGUUGCUGACCCUUAAUGACCCUGGCCUGGCCAACAACUACAAGAGGAACUGUGCGACCUUUAACCCUAGCGACGACCUGGUGCUGAACGAUGGGGUCAUGUGGGACGUGCGCUCUGCUCAGGCCAUCCACAAGUUUGACAAGUUCAAUAUGAACAUCAGCGGCGUUUUCCAUCCCAACCGCCUCGAGGUCAUCAUCAACACAGAGAUUUGGGACCUGAGAACAUUCCAUCUCCUCCACACGGUGCCUGCCCUGGACCAGUGUAGAGGAGUAUUCAACAACAAUGCCACGGUCAUGUACGGCGCCAUGCUCCAGGCUGAUGAGGAGGAUGACGUGAUGGACCAACAGAUGAAGAGUCCCUUUGGUUCCUCCUUCAGAACUUUUGACGCCACCGACUACAAACCCAUCGCUACUGUGGAUGUGAAGAGGAAUAUUUUUGACCUGUGUACUGACACUAGGGACUGCUACCUGGCCGUCAUCGAGAACCAGGACUCUAUCAACAUGGACACGGUGUGUCGCCUGUAUGAAGUGGGGAGACAGAGACUAGCUGAGGAGGGAGAGGAUGAUGACGACCAGGAGGAUCAAGACGAUGAUGAAGACUCUGACGACGAUGACGAUGAUGACAUGGAUGACCUGGAGACAGACCCGCUGUUGGCCGAGCUGAUCGAGGGAGGAGAAGGAGAGGAGGAUGGAGGUAACGACUUCUCUCCAUCGGAUGAUGAAGCGUUGGCCCGGCUGCUCAAUGCUGAAGAUGAUGAUGAUGAUGAUGAGGAUGACUCUAACAACGAUGCUGAGAUUGACCUGGGAUCUGACAGUUCCGACAGCUCCGACGGCAGCACUGACACCUCGGACCUGGAGGACCAACUCUUCCUGUCUAUGAGCGACUAGACAGGAAACGGGACAUGACAACCAGGAAGUGGCAAAAGGGACACAACAUGUAUCCACCCAUUGCCACUUAAGCUGGAGGAAUUGCCCCCCCCCCUAUGAAUGUGAAUUCAUAUGGACAAAGAGAAAAGAUGAAAUAAAAAGAUCAUAUUUGAAGCAAGCCAGGUGUGAGAUGGUAAUAGUGAAGGACCGGUGACUUGAGGGUGUUGUUGGACAUGACAGGCUACCCACUGAAUUCCAAAUGUAACCCUAGCAACUACACGCUAGGUAGGUCAGAGAAUAUUGCAUUGCUUUUCAAUGCCUCUAAAGAUGUUCUUGGGUGUAGAUGUUCUUCGGGGUUCCAUUUGGAAGUCUGCACUAGUUUGACAGGGAAAAAAGACUUGAUAUUUUAGACCGAAGGACAACUUAGACAGGAUAUCAAGACUUUUUCUUUAUAUGACGUGUAGCAAUUUGAUUGUACAAAAAUAGAUUUUUUUCCCCAGAUUUUUUUUGGGGGGGCCCUUUUUAAUAUAAAUUUAAGUUGGUAUGUUUUAAUUUUGUGGAUUUGUAGCUGUAAAAUAGCUACUGCUCUUGGAUUUGGUAUUUGUUAUUAUAUUAGGAUCCCCAUUUAGCUGUUGCGAAAGCAGCAGCUACUCUACUUGGGGGUCCACACAGAACAUGAUACAUGAAACAUUAAUACAGAACAUUAAUAGACAAGAACAGCUCCAGAACAGGGCUAGUUGCUACAUCCAGCCCUGUUAAAUGUAGUAGUUAAUAAUAAGGCUACUAUCGCUUUAAGGGUGCAACCUUCGCCGUUAAAUUGAAGUCAUGGCAACAAACAAUGGAAGACAACUUUUCAUUUUUUUAGUGUUUCAGAUUGACAGUUGUCCUGCAAAACUUUGCCAAGCUAACCAAAAACGAUAUAUAGCUUCAAAACUGUUAAUUUAUCUACUAUAUUAUUAUUAUUUUUUUGUACUUUGUCAAAUGCCAGUGACAAUAAUAUGAAAAUAUUCAUAAUAAAUGUAACUGAAUGCUCCUAUGCUGCGUUCGCUCUUGUACCCUUUUUCACACCACAGAGCCCAACUGGACUGUACUGGCCCGGUUACACAUCCAGCAUAGUUGCUGGAAUGGUGCUGUUACAGGGCAAUGUAAAACAAUAAUAUCCAAGCCUGCACAGUUCAGUCGGCGUUGGGAAAAUAGUGUGAAACGGGUGGUCUAUUUAGUUCUACAGUGGUAAACAGGUGUAGGGAGUUUAAUGGCCUCUAGAGGUCAGUGUUGCAUAAUGUGAAUACAUAUUGAUAUAAAAACAGAGCCCUAUAUAUAUAAUAUACCAUUUACACUACCGGUCAAAAGUUUUAGAACACCUACUCAU